AGAGAGAGAGAAGAGGGGGAGGAGAGUGGCCGGGAUGGUGGAAAAUCAAGACUGAACGGAGAGCUAGAGGCCCUAGAGGCACUCGGCCAAGAUAACUACUCAUAUAGAGGCUGUUCAGCCUCAUAGUCGUGACGAAGCUGUGUAUAUAGAGCAUGAUUAGGGUCUGUUAUUGUAGUUGUACACUGUUUGAAUGGUGGGAUCUCGUAUAAGAAUGUCAUGAAUGUGGAAGUAGAUUGCAUGUCGACAGUCGCCGGUGAAGUAUAACAUAAUUAGUGUCAUAUGUUGAUUGCCAGAUGAUGUGCAAGAGCUAUGGUACAUGGUGGGAGAUAUACAACUUUUCUACUCCUGUAAUCUCCUCCAUCGGUUGUCAAGGCUCUGACCAAACACCUCCAUUCUAUAUCGUUGUACUCCAUGGAAGUCUAUAAUGCCUCCUUCAUCAUCUUCACCCCUCGUUCUCAUCAUAUGCAUCGUCAGUCUACUGGUGGAAAAGUGUUUAGCACAAAGUGAUGGUGAUUUACGUCUCACCAAUGGUGCGACGAGUUCCGAAGGGCGGGUGGAGAUGUACUACGAUACGAAGUGGCUGGCGAUAUCUAAACAAGCUUUGAACAGUAAACUCUCCAUGAUAGUAUGCCGGCAGCUAGGCUUAGCUGGUAUGAGAUCAGAAGCUGUGAUCAAUGCCUUCGGGAGAGAGGGGAAACCCCGAAUGGUCAUUGUGUCCAAUGCGCAAUGUGACGGCCACGAGGAUAGGCUUAUUGACUGCAAAGGAUUCAACUGGAAUCAACAACGAUUAGAAGAGGCACAGAUUGACAAUGACAUCGGAGUCAUCUGUAAACCAGGCGAUGGCGAUUUGCGUCUGGUGAAUGGUAAGACGCCCAGUGAAGGACGCCUACAAAUACAUCAUGAGAACAUGUGGAACACUUUGAGAAGUGGAAACGUGACUAACCUUCCGACCGUGGUGUGCCGUCAGUUGCGUCUGCCUUUCACCGAGGCUCACACAGUGGCAGACGUCAGUGCGUUUGGGACAGGUACUGGUAGUGUAUUGAUUGCUGAUAUCACCUGUAAGCCUGGCGAUAUCCAUUUGAAGGACUGUACAAUCAACAAGACUAACGUUAGUACUGAAGCAAACAUACACGAUCGAGAUGUCGGAGUUGAAUGCAAGGGAGAGUAUAUUGCGUCUGGAGAUGUACGACUUGUAAAUGGGUCAAACAAUCAACGAGGGCGUCUUGAAAUCUACCUGACAGGUUCAUGGUCGUCAUUCUGUAGCCUUGGAUUCAGUGUCAACGAAGCAACCGUGGCUUGUCGCCAACUUGACCUUGAUAUAUCUAAUCCAGUCGUUCUUGCAGAUAAUUAUUUCGGAAGUAGCUCAAGGAAAAGAAAUUACUUUGCAAGUUGCUCUGGCUCUGAAAAUCGCUUCACCCACUGCUCCCAACUACUACUAUAUAAUGAUAUUCGGUGUGCUACUUUUCCAGACGUUGGCAUCUGUUGUUCAAAUGAAACAGUGCCAUGUGGAUAUGGCAGCUCACCCAGUAUUGCGGAUAUCAUAACCGGCGUUGUAGCAAUGGUUUUAACAAUUAUGGGAACUUGCUGCUUCUUCUGUUGCUGCUGUUGGUGCUUGCGUCGUGAAAAAGCCAGACAGAAGCAGCAAUACGCAACAGUAUCACAAAACCCACCUCCACAGACAUCUGAAGGAGCACCAUCAAACCAUAUUCCGAUGACUACAGUCGAAAGUUCAAAUGUACCUGUUUACGUACAUUCUCCUGUUCAACAUGGUGCGUCAAACUGUGGAGCCACGGGUAUGCCUCCACCUGCACCUGCUGGUAGUGCCCCAUACCAAACACAGCCCUAUCCAUACCCAGCUGGACAGGCUCCUCAACAAACAGGUGCUUAUCCUGUACCUUCUCAACCAGGUUACAAUCCCACCGCUGCCACCAAUCAAUAUCCCCCGCAAUCAGCUAAACCUUAUCCUCCACAAAUAUCACCCAUGGUACCACCUUACGGCGCUCCUUACCAGUCCACGGAUCACCCUUACCCUCAGGCAUCCACAGAACAGUCGCAUCCGACCAUAGGUGAUCCUAAUCAACACCCCCUUUCUCAUGCAGGAUUAGGAGUACCGAGCGCGCCCCCGGUGAAUGGGGGUUACUGUAUGCCCCCUUUGACACCACCACCUGCAUAUGAAGAAGUCACCAGUCCUUAUUUAGAACACUGAUUUGCUUCUCUACGUAAACCCAUGCAAUGAAAGCCUAUAAAUUAACGUUCUCUCCACAUCCCUUUCUCAACGUUGAUUGGUGGUAUGAAUAUAGGAUGAAAGAAACAUUUACACUCAUAUUUGGAACUUAAUAGAUUUAUUGGCAGAUUUGGUGGAGGGUGUUUGUCUUGUAUUGUAGAGAAAAGAGGACUGUAGAAAGCGCGGAAGAAUAACUACCCUGCACUAUUUGACAAUACGCAAUAUUUUGUGUCAUGAGUGUUUAAUAUUAUAUAUAGUAUUGGAUCAUAACAUUUAUAGGUAUGAUGAUAUAGUGUUGAAAUUGUCUCAGGUGAUAUUUUUAUGUAAAUGUGUCAGACUCUCUUUAUAUGAAAUUAUGAGUGACAGGACACCCAUACGCUCGUAUAAUCUUAGACUAAACAUGCAUGUCAGAAAUUCAGGAAUGAAGUCUUCCAGUAGCCGUUACGCUUUUCUUCACCCUCUGUCUGACACAGCAAACUCACCAAAAUGUCUGAAUGAAGUUUAAAAUGUUUUUAAAAAUGCCUUAAGCCUCGGUCACAAAUGCCAUUACGAACUGCUACGAACGCCGUACGAACGAUUAUAAGACAAUGGAAAUUCGGGAAGACAAUGGAAAAACAGGGAGAUUCGUACGAACGCAUCGUUCGUAUAUACGAACCUUUGUGACCGUAGCUUUACGGAAAUACAAAUCAAAACAGUGUACCGGACAUAGUGUAUAGCCUAUAGCGCUAUAAUACCCAGUUACACCGCUAAGCCGACCCAUAAUCUACAAUAUUUUGGCCAUUCACGUCAACUAAUUUUAUCGUUCGGUCAUUGUCGGUGGUCUUGCAUUGGCCUCGUCAAUGUGACUAGGAUAUGCUACUGUAAUGUAAACGUUAAGUUUGUCUUGACAUACAAGUUAACCCCUACGUCUUCGUAAUUCUUUGAGUUCUUGCAAAAGAGUACCUAAGUGUGACGUAAUACUGGCGAAGUUGUCAAGGUUGCUGCUCCAAACAAUGUCGUGCUAAACAAUGGUGUGGUGAUCACACCAGCACCAAACAUUGAAUUUGUCUGCAUGUUCAAGACCGUUGCUUGAAUGUUUUCGCGGUGAACCUCAUGCGCAAGCUCUUUAUUUGGAACUUGUAACCUGGGCGACGAGUGACUAUGACAUUAGCACUUGGGUACUCUACUAUGUGAGCACCGGAGAUGACUUCACAUCAUAGACCAACCAACGAUGAUGACUAUUAUUCUAUGUCAUGCAAGCCUCUUCUCAGUAAGACUGCAUAAUGUUAUCUUAUCGGCUAUUGCAGCUAACAAUCGGCAAUAAUAACUGCCGAUGAUUAUGAAAUGAUUUGGGUAUGAAAUAAAGUUAAUAAAUCCACAGCAGUAACUGAGUGAAGAUGGUAAUAUAAUUUAUAUUAUGGGGAAACGUGAGUAAGUGAGAGUGAGAGAGAGACAAAUAGAGAGAGAGAGAGAGAGAGAAGACGAGAAAGAUAUUGAGGGGUAUAGCAGAGACGACAUAGCUAGGGAAGAGGAGAAAAAGAA